UGUUGUUGUUCAUGGUCAAUCAUCACCGUUCCACAUCUGGGCCUUUGUGGUCUUUCUUACGCCAUUUCGGGGCGCAAUUCGAUCCGGUCGAAGACUACUCUCUGCCUGACGAGAUCGUAGGCUCAUUGCAACCACCAGCAGCGACUCCCACAUUCCAAGAGCCCAGUAUGGCGACGGGCAGCAAGUACAAGUAUACGGACAUCAUCUUUGAAAUCAAAGGGAAGAUUGGCAUCAUCAAGUUAAAUCGGCCCAAAUCUCUCAACGCUUUCGGCGGCAGAUUAUUGCUCGAUUUAAUCUCUGCGCUGAGGGAGUUGAAUGAGCAUCCAGACACAGUUUUCACGGUACUCACAGGGGAAGGCAGGUUCUUCUCGUCCGGGGCGGAUGUCAAAGCAUCGGUCUCUCAACAAGCAAUCGAAUAUGCCACGCCCGCGGAGAAGAAGAUCGCAUUCAUAGCGAAUGUAGGAGCAUCAGCCAUCGAACUUCUCCGCUCCAUGAUCGACCACAAAAAGGUCCUGGUCCUCGCUCUCAACGGCCCAGCCGUCGGCGGCGGCGCGGCCUGGUUCGAAGGAGUCGCCGAUAUCGUCCUCGCCGCCGAGGGAGCAUAUCUACAAGUCCCCUUUUCAGCGCUUGGAUUGGUCCCUGAAUUCGGCUCGGCCACCGCAUUUUCACAAUCAAUGGGCGUCCAUCGGGCCAAUGACAUGCUCAUGUUCGGACGCAAAAUGAGCGUCGAGGAGCUCGAGAAGUGGGGCAUGGUCAAUCGCAUCCUGCCCAAGGAGGACUUUCACCACAAAGUUGUCGAGUUUCUGGAGCAGCAGCUAGAUGUCAAUGAUGGGAAGAGCAUGAUGGAGGCCAAGAGACUCCAGAAUCUCCCGCUCAGACGGGACAGAUUGUUGGCGGUGUACGAUGCCGUGGAUGCGUUGGCGGAGAGGAUUACCGAAGACGCGCAGAAGAAGAGGUUCCUUGAGAAGAGCCGUUUGCUGAACUCCAAGUCGAAGAGUCGGGCGAAGUUGUAAGCUGUUGGCCUGUUCCUACAUGAAAGCCACUGGAAAGGUGGAAGUUUACUGCUUGAGUUAACGUUUUUAUUUGGGGUCUCAGAGAUAGGUCGUGGAAGAGCGAAUGCUUCUGUCAAUAUGCUUCGCGCUUUCCUCUGGACGUGGUGGAAUUAUCGUCUCGUACCUGGCAAAUCGUGUUACCUUCGGCGAUUUCUUCCAAGAUCCAACAUCCGCGUAGCCUUGUUAGCGAGGCUGAGACGUGCCCUCAAUGCCGAGGUCCAGUGUAUGUUCAAAGACUACAUCUCCAACCUG